GUUGACACCCUCAUAAUGAUGUACAAAACUCACUGCCAGUGUAUCCUGGACAACGCAAUCAAUGGGAACUUUGAAGAGAUCCAGCAUUUCUUACUACACUUUUGGCAAGGAAUGCCUGACCAUCUCCUCCCCCUGCUUGAAAAUCCUGUGAUCAUUGACAUUUUCUGUGUCUGUGACUCCAUCCUUUAUAAGGUUCUUACAGAUGUACUCAUCCCUGCAACAAUGCAAGAAAUGCCUGAAAGCCUAUUAGCAGACAUAAGAAAUUUUGCUAAAAAUUGGGAACAGUGGGUUGUUUCAUCCUUGGAAAACUUGCCAGAAGCCCUAACUGACAAGAAAAUACCCAUUGUACGGAGAUUUGUGUCCUCCCUGAAGCGACAGACAUCAUUCUUACACCUUGCUCAGAUUGCCAGACCAGCUCUCUUUGAUCAACAUGUUGUGAAUUCAAUGGUAUCUGACAUUGAAAAAGUUGACUUGAAUAGUAUUGGAUCUCAAGCUCUUCUUACAAUUUCUGGCAGCACAGACACUGAAUCUGAUAUCUACAGUGAAAAUGACUCCAUCACUGUCUUCCAAGAACUGAAGGACCUUCUCAAGAAGAAUGCCACAGUGGAGGCUUUCAUUGAGUGGCUGGACACUGUGGUGGAACAGAGAGUUAUUAAGACCAGCAAACAAAAUGGAAGAUCGUUAAAAAAGAGAGCUCAAGAUUUUCUGCUGAAGUGGAGCUUUUUUGGGGCUCGAGUAAUGCAUAAUCUCACCUUGAACAACGCAUCAAGUUUUGGCUCUUUUCAUCUGAUCCGAAUGCUUCUGGAUGAAUACAUUCUCCUGGCCAUGGAGACUCAGUUUAAUAAUGACAAAGAGCAAGAAUUACAGAAUUUAUUGGACAAGUAUAUGAAGAAUGCAGAUGCAAGUAAAGCUGCCUUCACUGCCUCCCCGAGUUCCUGCUUCCUGGCGAACCGUAGCAAGGGAAGCUCGAUUUCCAGCGAGGCGGUGAAGAACGAAAGCCGUGAAGAGACAGCCUACCUUCCUCUGCCUUCUGGCCAGGCUGGAGGCCUGGCUCCUGCUCUGCACCCCUUCUCUGCUGGGGACGCAGACAGCAUGCAGCUCUCAGGUCCAGUGGAGCUUCCACAGAGCAGUGGUCCCCUGAUGACACCACCCAUUUCCCCAGCCAUGGCCAGCCGAGGAAGUGUCAUUAAUCAGGGCCCAAUGGCAGAGAGGCCCCCGAGUGUGGGCACUGGGCUCCCAGUACCCCCUCACUGCUCAUCGUACCCUGAGACCAUUUACCCUGCCCUCUCCCAGGCCUCGCAUGACUUCUACGGGGCCAGCUCUGGCUACCAGGCUAUGUUCAGAGCCCAGCCCCAUGCCCCCUCAGGCCUCUGCCCUCGUGCUGAGCAUGGCCGGUACAUGGUGUGGACCGAACAGCAGCUUUCCCGAGACUUCUUCGGCGGCAGCUGUGCCGGGUCUCCUUACAGUCCCCGGCCACCCUCCAGCUACGGGCCAUCUCCACAUGCCCAGGAGCCUCACAGCAUGCAAUUUAUCAACACAGGAAGCUUCAACUUCCUGAGCAAUGCAGGUGCUGCUAGUUGCCAAGGAGCAACACUGCCUUCUAAUUCACCCAACGGGUACUAUGGAAGCAAUGUCAGCUACCCAGAGCCUCACAGGCUGGGACCCAUGGUGAACCAACACGUCUCUGUCAUCAGCAGUGUGCGCUCCUUGCCUGCCUACAGCGACAUCCACGACCCACUUAAUAUCUUGGAUGAUGGCAGCAGGAAGCAGACUGGCUCCUUCUACUCGGACACAUCAACUCCAGGUACAUGUUGGACCCCAGCAGUAGCUUCCAGCUUGCAAACCCCAAUUCCUUCCUCUUCAUCGCAGUGUAUGUAUGGAACUUCCAACCAGUAUCCAGUGCAAGAGGCCCUGGACUCCCAUGGAGCAAGUGGUAGAGAGAUUGUGUCCUCUUUACCACCCAUCAACACUGUGUUUAUGGGCACAGCAGCUGGAGGCACCUAAACCAACCACAUCGAGUGGAGUUGAAAUCGUAAACAUCUCUGCAGUGCGGUUUACUCAGACUGUGAUGGAAGUGGGAACGGGGCAGACGCAGCAGGCAGCGGGACGUUGUCCUUCGCGUCAUUCAUGCUACACACAACUCCACAGUGGACGGAGAUGCUUGCGGUUGC